AGGGACCGUGAUUACGACGACAUGGAUGAGGAGGACCCGUUCAACCCCCAGGCACGGCGCAUCGCCACCCACCACCCACCCCGGGGGCAGCUGCGCAGCUUCUGCAGCUACAGCAGCAGCCUGGGCAGCCAGAGCAGCCUGCACCCCCCUGCCCAGACCGUGUCCAACGCCCCUGUCUCCGAGUACAUGAACCAGGCUGUGCUGUUUGGAGGGAACCCUCGCUAUGAGAAUGUGCCCCUGAUCGGCAGAGGAUCUCCUCCCCCCACGUACUCCCCAAGCAUGAGAGCCACGUACCUGUCUGUCGGCGCUGAGCCCGCGCGGCACCGCGGCGCAGAGUUCCCCGCGUAG